GUAUGAUCAGGUUCAACAUUUCUGUUGUAUUGCUCUUGUGGAUUUAAGUACUGUGUAGUAUGAAUUAACUUUGGGACUGGGGUUCAUGGAUUGAUGCAGGUUAAAUACAUGUUACUAAACCCCACUGAACAGAUUCGGUUUUUUUUUCAAGGAAUUAAGUAUUCAUAAGAACAUUGGCCAAGUCUAGAUACGCAGGCUGUUAGAGGUGUGAUCCAUACGAUAAGCUUUCCAAUGACUUGAGAAUCCAGCAGAAUGAACCCGAUUACUCUCCGGAAUCCACUUAGGAACAGGCAUUCCAUUCAUACUUGAUUAAACACAGCAAGAAAGAAAAAAAGGCUACAACCUGCCUUUCCCAAGCACACUUAACAACUGUACUUCAGCAGAGCUGCACCCUCGAGAACAGAAUGCUGAACUGCAGCAGCUACACGGACUGCCAGGGCAACGUGACAGGCAAUGAGACAGUAGAGUUGGAACCGUCUAAUGACAGACUAAGCUUUGCUUUCAGCGUUGUUCUGACUGUCAUGCUGGCUCUGGUGGUGUUUUCCUUGGGCUGCACAGUGGAAGUGGGCAAGCUGUGGUUUCACCUUCGGCGACCCUGGGGUAUCAUUGUGGGGAUUGUGUGCCAGUUUGGGCUGAUGCCCCUCAUUGCAUACCUCCUGUCUGUGGGCUUCUCUGUGAAGCCAGCGCAGGCUGUUGCUGUUCUCAUCAUGGGAUGUUGUCCCGGGGGAAUCAUCUCAAACAUUGUCACCUACUGGAUUGAUGGAGACAUGGACCUCAGCAUUGUCAUGACAAGUUGUUCAACGGUGCUGGGAAUGGGGAUGAUGCCAUUGUGCCUCUACAUUUACACACAGACCUGGGUCCAGACAGGCAGCAUUAAAAUACCAUACCUGAACAUAGGGGUCACACUGGUUACCUUGAUUGCGCCCGUCAGCUGUGGAGUGUUUGUAAAUUACAAGUGGCCGAGGCUGGCAAAAAUAAUCCUGAAGGUGGGCUCUGCAGCUGGUUGCUUACUGAUCAUAGUUGUUGGCACUGCCAGUGCUGUGCUCUAUAAAGGCUCGUGGAACACCGACACGUCGGUUCUGAUUAUAGGGAUUAUCUACCCUAUGAUCGGGUACACGUCUGGGUUUCUUUUGGCGGUUAGUGUUAGACAACCCUGGCAAAGGUGCCGCACCAUCGCUAUGGAAACAGGAGCUCAGAAUGUACAAAUCUGUUCCACAGUGCUUCAGCUUUCUUUUCCGCCACAGCAGCUGGUUCUCAUGUUCACAUUCCCAAUGAUCUACGGGUCCUUUCAGCUUUUGGAUGGACUGGUGAUCGUUGCAGUGUAUCAGAUAUACAAAAGAAUAUGCCAGAAUAACUCUGAAGAUAAGCCCACGCUGGAAGCUGCUGUUAUGAAAGAUUCAAGUCUGAAUGGUCUACAUGGAGAACUCAACAUAGCAUUUGAGAAUGAACAGGCUGCGUGGAACAAUUCAAAUCAAGAAUCAGAACACAACCAAACAGGAGAAGAAAAAACACUGGAAAACACUCAAGUGUAAAAUGGACAGGUAUUGUUUUACAAUAGCUCCCCAGCGGCCCCCCCAGCCACAGAAACAGCCUUUUUUAAUCCGUAUUAACUUUCCUAAUGAUUUCUAGAAACACUAUCCAUAUACCAACAGAAACAUGUCAUUAACAAUAGAAAUAAGACAAGGUAUGACAUAGGCCCGGUUUUUGGGAUGGAAAUGCAUAACAGUCUUGAGUUUUGAUUGGUCCUUCUGUCAAAGGAAUAUGACAUCAUCACAAGUGGGAAAGCUUGGAGGUAUUUUUAACAUUGUGAUCAGAGAAAGAGAGAGAUAUCUGCUUUCCAGAACCUUUUAAUUAAAAUAUAAUAUGGUAUUUUGCUGUACUAAUAUAACAAACUAUGGGUGACUAUUAAUUUAUAUAAAUUAUCAUGUUAUGCAUGAAUGUAAUUAUUGGCUUUCUGUGGUGAUGUACAUUUUCCUUUCAAAUAGAAUAUAUCUAUAAUCGUUUGCGUGAUUUAUUUUAAUUGCAAGUAUAUAUCUUGCCCACUAUUACAGUGUUGUUACAGGAUACAUUAGUUUAUCGCUAAUGUAAUCACAGUUUUACAUAUAGACCCCCCCUGUUCUCAGUCUACGUCCCAAAUUCUGGGCCGCUUUGCUUUUCAGAUAACGUCCCAAAUUCUAGGCCACUCUGCUGUUCCGAAUUCAGCCCAGUUUUGGGGAUGUUCUGCUCUUACAGAUGACAAUCCAAGUUUCUAGGUCAUGCUCAGUUUACCAUAAAUAUGUACACCAGAACUGGAUUGUUAAUUCAUUUAAGAGUAACCCUUAGCACAUCAAUCAAUGUUAAAUUCCCCAGAAUUUUUUUAAGAAGAAACAUAAAUAACAUUUAAAUGUUUUUUAAAAAGUUUAUUUAUUUAUUUAUUACAAUGAAGAAACUACAUUGCACUGAAAUAAAUACAUAAAAUGCAGCUGUUUUCCUUUAUUAAAGUGUGACAGGGUAGUGGAGGGUGGUGACGUCAGGCCAGGAAGUCCACAGACACCAUUGCUGGGGUAGGGAAGCGCUGCGGCGCAUUUAUUAAUGUUCCAGCAAGAGUAGCAAUUGUUUUGGUUUUUAGCUUCUGUUUCGUUUCUGUUUCACUCCCGUCUCUCGUGUUCUCCACUCUGAACACUCCCCUUGAACAAGAAAAGCUGCAGGCUUUUAUACCUCCAGAUGAGCAAUAAAUUAGUCAAAUAAAUAAUCUGGAGAUGGUCACUUUCUGCAAGAGUUUUAGUUUGCAUGGCUGACAAUCAAUAAUCACAGACUGCCGACCAUGCAUUCACACGAGUUGCUAUCAUCGCAUCUGCCAGACCACAUCCAAACAACAAAACGGCAUGUUUUUCACAAAAUACAUUCAAAUCAUACACACUAACAUCCCCCGUUUAAAUAACCCACUAGACAAUACAUUUGUUUUAAAUAAUAAUACAAUGCGCCACAGCCAUCAACUAAAUACUGUAGCGUUGGGUCCCGCAGGACUUAUGAAUGGGAUGUUUUGGUGCUUCAUUGAACCGCUGGGGGGGGGCGGGAUUUGCUUGUAAAUAGUUGUAUGAUGUGUUCACGUUCAGUAUGUGUCGUGUGUCUGUCUGUCUGUGUAGCUGCUGCAGCCUGGUUCCACCCAGGUCCACUCUUUCCCGUCUGAUGACUCUAUAUAAGCUGCAGCCUCUGUGCUAUUGAUGAGAGUGUGCUGAGUGAGUGGCAGCGAGUGUUGGAGGGUGAGAGUCGAGAGAACCAGCGUCUAUCCAUUUGUUACCUUCCUUUCAAACACCAACGGCACUUUUAAACGCCAGCCUAGCCCGCAGCGGGAGCAAUAAACGGCCCUUUUAGUGCCAAAGAAAUCCUGUUGCCCUUUCUUCCCGCUGAACCCAUGGCAAGCCGCCAUCACAAUACAUACACAAAUUCACCCAAUCUAGCACCAAAAUAAUGCAUAUAUUUACAAGCAGGGCUUUGCCCUGCCCCCUCUAAUUAUGUACAGGGCUUUUCUACCCUGCCACAUAAAGGUUAAUAUUAAAACACAGUUCUGAGAAGGAAUAUGAUAUUCCAAAAAAAGCACAUCUCAUUUACUUAUGUAAUGUCCACCAAUAUAUAGUCAUGUGUAGGGUGUAAGACAGCGGGUGGGGGGAGGGCGUUAAUAUCCUCCCUGCUUAAAAUAUGUGUGUAUGCACAUUCUGCUUUAUUGUUAAUUAUCCCCUGCAUCUGGUGGUAAUUGUAAAUUAGAACCAGGUGCAGGGUAUUUAAGAGAAACAGUUAGUUUGCUCGAGGCUGCUGAGUACAAGGACACAGGUGGUCUGUUCUGUGUCCGAGCAGUUGAUUUAAAAGUAGGGGUUGUGGUACAACGGGGCAGUUUAUUUUUUUUAUGCCAGGUAAACAGCUUAGCCAUCCUGCGAGUUAGUCAGGAACCUGCAUACUGUUUAGUCAGCGCUCCGAAGGAGCUAGGUGUUUGUUUUCUUUAUUUUGUUUUUGUGUUUAUUAAAAAUAGUGCGUCAGCACUGGAAAACUUCA